UCAUAUGUACACACCUUUGUCACCACUCCCCAGAGCAAAGGGAGGCAUAUUCUGAAGGUAGGAAAGGCCUCCCAGGGCGGGACAGUUCAGAUUCAUCUUUGAACAGACAGAAACACGGGAUCUCAGGGCACGGCUGCUCGCCCGGGCCACAGAAAUGAACAGCUGUCUGGUGAGUAUCUUCAAAGCUCUGGAUUCUUCCAGAGGUCAGCGCCAGUGCCCAAAGCCCAAUAUGGGCGGCUCGUGCCUUAUUUCGAGAGUUGAGCCUCAAUAACAAAUACUGUGUCAUCCGCGACUGAUCCUGGUUCUGUUAUUGAUCGUAUUCAUUGGUUUGGGGUCCUUGGCUUGGGAGGGGUAGCACCUUUCCACCUGCUUCAAUCUGCCUUCCUUUUUCUUUAAUCUUGUAUCUCUUAUUAGGGCACAAACGGAAAAUCAUAAUAUUACAUUGCAGCUCACCAUGGAGGCCCCCGGAGAAGGCAGCAGCCCCAGUGCCAUAGUGACACCCCAGGCGCCGGCGCUGCCGUUGCAGACUCGAGUGGCCCGGAGACGCCUGUCCCAGGCCCGCCACCGAGCCACCCUGGCGGGACUGUUCAGCAGCCUCAGGAAGGCGGUUUACGCCCAGUCUGACCUCACGGCCUCUAAGUGGCAGGUCCUGAAUCAGGCGAAGAAUCAUAUUCAGGAACUGGAGCACACCCUGGACAGUUUGCUGAAGCAGAAAAACUCCUUCAACCUGAAGGAUGAGCACGCAAGCACCUUAGAGGAGGUCAAAGAAGAAUAUGCCAGGAUAUACUCUGCAAAUGACAGGUAUCUCAGCUUUUACAAGCAGACCAUGGACCUUCUGACCGUGAACGGGAUCAUCGCCCCACAGGACGUGACGCUGCCCGUGGUCUCUGCCGCCAUCUCCCACCUGUGGCAGACCUUCUCCGAGGAGAGGAAGGCCAGCAUCCUGCAGGCCUGGAUGCAGAAGCAGAGUGAUCUCCCGGACCCGCAGGGGGCCUACCAGGGGCUGCUCUGUGUCCAGGACAGUGGAGUGGACAGCCAGGAGGCCACCUUCUCCCUGAUCUCCACCCCGGAGGAGAUCCUUUUUGAAGACGUCUUUGAUCUGACAAACUUCCUGGACAACAAUGAGGCUCCAAAUGCAUACAGCCCCAGUUCAGUGCUUGACGGCUACGACCCAGCCGAUGCCGGGGAGAAGUUUCAGCUCUACGUGCAGAUCAUCGACUUCUUUAAGGGCCUCUGUGGUGCUAACACCGAGCUAAAACAGGAACAGGACCCUUCUGUUGACGAUGAUGUGAACAUGCUGCGGUGCAUGGAGACCUUCGACGACGAUUUGUAGAGGGGCUGGGAGGGGGCGGGGCGGAAGGAGGCGGAACCGUGUCCAAGUUUGCAUGCUGGCGGCCAAGGCUGCACCUGCCUCCAUGUCCUGGGACUCUUGGGCGUGUGCCGCCCCAGAGGCAUGUUGAUGGUUUGCGUUUCUGGUUAUUAUAAAAUGUUUAAGUGAAGCA